AGCAAAGUGAAAUAAAAAACACCACUGUUUGCAAAUUAUCGAAAAAAAGGAUUGAUUUAAAUUAAAAAUAAUGUCGGAAAAGAAGAAGUCACGACGUCGCAAAGAUGAAUAUCAAGCCCCCGGUGAACAAAUUGAAAAACCUACAAAGGAAGAGAUAAAAGUUGCCAAAUGGAUGAAGAAAAAUGUGAAAACUAAAAAGACAAAAUUAAUGAACCAUGACGUUGAAUAUUUCACAUCCAAUAAAGCUAUUGACGCUUUACUAAAGUCAAAAUUUGCUGAAGGUUAUACACCUUACUUUACCGCACGUGAAGAUGUGGUAGCAUUUCUAGAUACAAUGUUGAUACAUAAAUUUUUCCAUCGCGCCCAAAAAGUACCCAUAAAUGUUGAUGAGAUACGUCAUAGCGGUGGUGUUGGUGACAAUAGUAAACUUUCUAAAAAAGUCGAUAAAGGCAAUGAGAAGAAAGAGGAAAGCAAAGAGAAAUCUGGCAAAACUAAAAAAUCGAAAGAAGAUAAAAAGUUAAAUGAAACCAAAGCAGAAGCUAACGGUAGCAAUGGUGGUGCAACUGAUGAAGCUGGUGGUAAAUCAUCAAAUAGCGUUGAAAAGAAAGAGAAACGUAAACGUAAAAUACGUUUAGAUAUGCAUCCCGAUCAAAUUUUCGUUGAUGGCUCUGAAGCUUACGUUUGGAUAUAUGAUCCUAUACCCGUGCACUAUUGGAUAUAUGGUUUAAUAGUGCUAUUGGGAGCCAUAGGUGUAUGUCUAUUCCCUUUGUGGCCGCCUAUUCUACGCAAGGGUGUUUACUAUUUAUCUUUGCUAGCAGCAGGAUUCUUGGUAUUUAUACUGGUUUUAACGUUCGUACGAUUGAUCAUUUUCACUAUUGUUUGGGCUUUGACUGGUGGUAAAUUACGUUUUUGGAUAUUCCCCAAUUUAACAGAAGAUGUCGGCUUCUUCGCUUCUUUUUGGCCUUUAUAUGAGAGUAAUUAUGUAAAUGAUGAUAAUGAUUCUACAAAGUCUCAUAAGAAAAUGAAAAAAUCGAAGAAAAAGUCAAAGGAUAGUGAUCUAGAGGACAAUGAAGAUUCCUGCCCAGAAGCUGUACCUUUGGAAGCAGAUAAAAUUGAAGAAAUCAAAGAGCACGAUGCUGAUUUGGAACUAAGAUUACGUACAUUGGGAGUAAGUUCCGCGCAAAAAUUACCCGAAUCUGAAGAGUCUCACAGCAGCAGCAGUAGCGCAACUGAAUUUAACAAUGAAACAGAAGUAAAAGAGUGAACUUUAGAUUAUAGUUUUUCCAGCUUUUUUUCACGUUAGAAUUUAUAAACAAAUGUUAACCCGUUAUUCAUCUUUCUUUUUAUGCCCACCAAUAGCGAGUAAAGAUAUGCCAAAUUAAUAAGAUUAAGAAGUAUGCGACAGCGGAGAAGAAGGUUUUAAUGGACUUUGAUUGAACAAUUAAGACGCAUUCUAGCAUUUGUCUGCUACGGUGUAUUCAUUGUCCCAUUAAUUGCUGUAGAGCUGUUUCGUUUCGCAACAAAUUCAUUAAGAACAAAACUUAUUCCAUUUAUAAAAUCGAACAAAAUAAUAAUUAAACUUCUAGGCAAAUUCUUAAUUAAUCUUUCCAUAGUAAAAGGAACAAUCACAUAUUUCAUAUUUACUUUAAUGGCUCAUACGUUUUCAUUCAUGUGUACUUUAUUACCCAAUUUAAGAAGUUUAGCUGAUAGAAGUUUCUAAGCCUAGUUGGUGGGUAU